AUGGAUAACAGGGCAGCACCAGAAAUUCCAGGGCUCAUCCAGCCAGGAAAUGUGACACAGGAUUUAAAGAUGAUGGUUUGUAAUUUAUUGAAUUCACCCAAACCAUUAAAGACAUUCCCAGGCUCACAACCUGUCUCCUUCCAACAUUCAGAUAUGGAAGAGAAAUUAAUGGAAAAGGAUUAUUACGUAUGUGAGAAAACUGAUGGUUUACGUGUAUUGAUGUUGAUCUUGAUCAAUCCUAUCACACGUGAACAAGGAACAUUCAUGAUAGAUAGAGAAAACAAUUAUUAUUUGGUAAAUGGGUUUCGUUUUCCUAUUAUGUAUAAGAAAAAGAAGGAAGAAUUAUUAGAGAAAUUACAAGAUGGUACCAUUAUUGAUGGUGAAUUAGUUCUUCAGACAAACCCGGCUACUAAAAUGAAAGAAUUAAGAUAUUUAGCUUUUGAUUGUUUGGCAAUUAAUGGUAGAUCUUUGGUGCAAUCUCCAACAGAUAAGCGGUUGGGUCAUUUGAAUAAUGAAUUCUAUAUGCCAUAUUUCGAAUUAAGAAAGUAUUAUGAACAAGACUAUUGUAGAACAUUUCCGUUUAAAAUAUCGCCCAAACGUAUGGAUUUUAGUUAUAGAUUGAUGCGAGUGGCUGACUCGUUGGAUAAGUUACCGCAUAUGUCAGAUGGUCUUAUUUUCACACCUAUAUCUUUGCCUUAUCAAUUAGGUGGGAAAGAUUCUAAUCUAUUGAAAUGGAAACCAGAAGAGGAAAACUCAGUCGACUUCAAAUUGAUUCUGGAUAUUCCUAUGGUCGAAGAUCCAUCUUUACCUAAGAAGGAUCCCAACAGAUGGUACUAUAAUUAUGAUGUUAAGCCGACUUUCCAAUUACACGUAUGGUUAGGUGGAGCUGAUGUUAACACGAGAUUGGAACAUUUUGAUGAACCGUUUAGUAAGAAAGAACUUGAUUUAUUGGAAAGAACUUAUAAGAAAUUUGCUGAACUGAAUAUAAGUGAUGAGCAUUGGCAAGAGUUAAAGAAUAUGGAGGAACCUUUGAAUGGUAGAAUUGUAGAAUGUACGAAAGAUCAAGAAACAGGACAAUGGAUAAUGUUGAGAUUUAGAGAUGAUAAAUUGAACGGUAACCAUACUUCGGUCGUUCAAAAAGUUCUAGAGAGUAUCAAUGAUUCCGUUACAAUAGAGGAUUUGGGAGAUGUUGUCCCUCGAAUUAAAUCUGCUUGGGAUGAGAGACAUAGACACAAAGCGGAGACAUCUAGAAAUGCAUCGAAUGGGAAUUCUACCUGGUCUCAGCCAGCGGUAGCUGUUGCAAGGCCUACUGCUGACGAAGCACCAAAAUAUGUCGAUGAAGGCGAUUGGUCUGAUUAG